GUAUUUCCCUAUAAAACCAAACCAAAAACUCUUUGUGGCUCUGUAUUAGUAGAAGAAGACUCGUUGUUGAGUUGUUCUUCCCAAAACCACCCACUAUUUCUUCCUUCCGGCCGCCGUGAGGAUGGAAGUUAAACGCCCCCAGCCACCGCCUGCCGCCGUGAGAAUACGGAGAACCACCAGCGGUGACGGCGGUGGGAGCGGAAACAUCAUACUGAAUAAGUAUCAGCUAGGGCGGCUUCUGGGGCGUGGGAGCUUUGCGAAAGUGUACCACGCCCGGUGCUUGGGAGACGGCGCCGAUGUGGCGGUUAAGGUUAUUGAUAAGAGCACCACCGUGGACGCGUCAAUGGAGCCGCGGAUAAUCCGGGAGAUCGCCGCCAUGCGGCGGCUGAACAACCACCCCAACGUCCUUAAACUCCACGAAGUGAUGGCGACGAAGAGCAAGAUCUAUCUCGUCAUGGAGCUGGCCCACGGCGGGGAGCUUUUCUCGAAGCUCACCCACCGCGGCCGGUUUUCCUUGUGGACGGCGAGGUAUUAUUUCCACCAGCUCGUCUUCGCCCUCCACUUCUGCCACCAGAACGGCGUCACCCACCGUGACAUCAAGCCGCAGAACCUCCUCCUCGACAAGGACGGCAAGCUCAAGAUCUCCGAUUUCGGCCUCUCCGCGCUGCCGGAGCAGAUCCGGAACGGCCUCCUCCACACCGCGUGCGGUACUCCAGCCUACACCGCCCCGGAGGUGAUGAUCAGAAAAGGCUACGACGGCGCCAAGGCGGACGCGUGGUCUUGCGGCGUCAUCCUCUUCGCCUUUCUCGCAGGGUACCUCCCAUUCGACGACAGCAAUAUAUCAAACAUGUACCGUGCAAUACGAAGCCGCGCGUUUCAGUUCCCGGAUUGGAUCACAAAGCCCACCCGGAGCAUAAUUUUCCGGCUGCUCGAUCCCAAUCCGGUAACCAGAAUGUCCAUCGAGGAACUGAUGAAGCUCCCCUGGUUCAAGAAGUCAUCAUCAGUGAUAGAUUUGACAGACGAACAUCAAUUCGGGAACCAAGAGUUCGACAAAGAUUGCAAACACUUAACCAAAAUGAACGCAUUCGAUAUCAUUUCAAUGUCUCCCGGGUUGGAUCUAUCAGGGCUAUUCCAGGCGGGAUUGAAGAAGAAAGAAAUGAGAUUCACCACAAAUUCCGAGGUAGGAGAGGUUGAGGAGAAGGUAAAGAAGAUCGGGAGUGAAGCAGGGUAUAGGGUGGAGAGGGGAAAGGGAGGGGGAAUUAGACUGAUAAAAGCAAGAGUAACGUUAAUGGUGGAAAUUCUUCAAGUGGCGCCGGAGCUAUGGCUGGUGGAGAUGAAGGUCGUCAAUGGAGAAACGGAAUUCGAGGACACACAAUGGGAGGAGUUGAGAGUUGGGUUCAAAGAAAUAUCUUGUUUCAUGCUAGUAUAACAAUACAACCAUGAAUCUUGAACCAGACAACGCCAGUGAUUGUCGCCGAGUUUCCACCAGAAAAGACGGCGGUUGAAUUUCCGCCGCCGUCGGCGGCGGCACCAGGUGCUAGUUGUGUGCUUAUCUAUCUAGUGCAGACACAAGUCUGCUGUUUGUAAAUCAAAGUUUUCCUUAAUAGUAUUAUAGAUGUGCACAUAGGUUCUUAAUUUCUUCUUUUUUCUCGUUUCAGACUUUGUAAUGCUUCUUCCUAAGUUCUAGAGAUUCAACACUUGAUAUAGUAUCUGUUAAGUUCAAUAAUA